AUGGCUUCCACUCCCAACAACGCCAGGGCUAACGCUCAGCCCUCGCCAGCGCACGCCAACCGACCCGCCACCACUACCAUGCCAAGCGCUUCCGCUUCUGGACACAACAACGGCCUUAGACCCCCCAGCGCAGGCGUGCCUUCUCGCACCCCCAGCCAGAACACCAACUCCUCCCAUCGCAGCAGAGCCUCCGCUCCAGGCUCAAAGCCACCGCUCGCCGCGGCCGAGCCUCCCUACGUCAUCGACGGCCCCGGCGGCAGGAUCGCCUGCGUCGCAGACGUGCGUGGCAACCUCUCGCUCUUCAACCAGAUCGCUGCAGACACCAACGCACAGGCCAUCAUCCACACCGGCGACUUUGGCUUCUACGACCACGCAAGCCUCGAACGCAUCAGCGACCGCACCCUCCGCCACCUCGUCCAGUACUCCACCCUCAUCGAACCCGCCCUUCGCACCAAGCUCCUCGCCGCAGAUGCUCCUCGCGCCCCUGCCGCCAUCGCCGCUGGCCCUGCUGCCGACAAGGGCUCCGCCUCCGCCGUCAUGCGCCAGCACAUGCUCCAGCAACCCGGCCUGCCCCUCUCUCAGUUCUCCGACCUCCUCGUGGGCAAAAUCAAGCUCAACGUCCCCGUGUUCACCGUCUGGGGCGCGUGCGAGGACGUCGCCAUCCUCGAGCGCUUCCGCACCGGCGAAUACCAGGUCAACAACCUUCACGUCCUCGACGAGGCCUCCACCAAGGCCAUCGAGGUCGGCGGCGUCCGUCUGCGCCUCUUCGGCCUCGGCGGUGCCGUCGUGCUUCACAAGCUCUUCGACAACGGCGAGGGCGCCGCCACCAUCGCCGGAGGCCAGGGCACCAUGUGGACCACCGCGCUCCAGAUCGGCGAGCUCGUCGACACCGCACAAAAGACCUUUGACCCCACCGAGACGCGCGUGCUCAUCACACACGCCUCGCCAGGUCGCGAAGGCCUUCUCGCACAGCUCGCUCUCGCCCUCAAGGCCGACCUCACCAUCAGCGCAGGCCUCCACUUCCGCUACGGCGUCUCGUACAACGAGUUUAGCGUACAGCACGACGCGGAAAACUACAGGAACAAGCUCCAGCACGCAAAGCACGCCUUUGGCGAGAUCUGGGACACGGUCAAGACCCAGGUCGACGCCGUGAUCGACGAGAACCAGCGCAUGCUGCUCAACAAUGCGCUCGCCGUCGCCAACCGCGUCGCCCCCACCGCCACCGCCACCGGCGCCGCCAGCGAGGAGCCCGCCUGGAAGAACACCUGGAACUGGAACCUGCCCGACGCCGCCUACGGACACCUCGUCCUCGGCAUCAAGGACGGCCGCGUAAGCGCAGAGACCAAGUCGCAGGGCUUCAACUUUGCAUACCGCAGAAGCGGUCAGCCCAUGGCCCCCGUCGCCCCCACCGGACAAGCCACGGCUGCUGCCGCUGCCCCUGCACCGGCUCCAGCUGCUCCUCGAGCCACGCCGGCGGCCGCAGCAAUCCCAGCUGCUGCUGCCGCCCCUGCAGCGGCACAGCGCGCCAACGCAGCCGCUAACGCUGCCUCCAACGCCGGCACCGCCGCCGUUCCGACCAAGGUCAACGCGUCAAAGCCUGCCGAGGCCAGCGUUGCUGCUGCCGGUGCGUCGGGUGCUGCUACGCCUGCCAGCAAGACGGCUGCCGCCUCGCCUGCCUCUGCCAAGCCCGUCAAGGAGAAGAAGGAACGUACGCGCGAGCGUGGCCACGAGUCGGCUGCAUCCCGCUCCGACUUUGACGGCGGCUUCACCUCGGGCACCGACGGGCGCAAGUCGCCCAGCGGCCCGCGCAAGGUGCGCAACCCCUUUACGCUGUACGUGUCGCAGCUCAAGGAGGCGCUGCCUGUGACCGAGGACGAGCUGCGCACCUACUUUGGCCCCGCCGCCGCCGGCAUCACGGGCAUCAAGCUCGUGUUUGACAAGCCGCACCGCCGCGGCGCCUCGAGCGGUAAGGAGGACGCAGAGCAGCAGAGGAGGCAGCGUCCGUUUGCCUAUGUCGAGUUCCGCGACGAGGCGGCCAUGGCGGCCGGCUUCAAGAGGCAGGGCGAGGCGAUCAAGGGCGACGUCAAGCCAGUGCUCGAGCAGGCGGACAGCAACAAGGCGUCGCAGUCGCAGCCGCAGCAAGCCGAGGCAGGCGCGAGCGGCACCGACAAGGAGUCGAAGCGCGAGCGCCAAGCGUCCGGCAGGAAGGGUGGCGAGACGGACAAGGAGGACGAGGCGGGCAAGAGCGCCGACGACAAGCCCGCGGGCCGCAACAGCCGCCAGAGGAAGGACAAGGCCAAGGCCGAGGGCGGAGCCAAGGCUGCUGCGGCGGCGCAGGCUGCCGACAGUGCCGCGACUGCGUCUGCCGACGGUGCGGCCGCCAACGAGCCCAAGGAGCCCAAGGAGCCCAAGGAGGUCAAGGAGGCCAAGGAGACCAAGGACGUGGCGCCUGCAGCGGCCAGCGGCGCCGGCGACAAGGAGAAGAAGGAUAAGAAGGAGACUGCUCCCGCUCCCGCUCCCGCUCCCGCAGCUGCCCCCGCCCCCGCCCCUGCUGCGGCUGCGGCUGGCGGCGAAAAGAAGGACGCUCCGACCGCACCCGCCGCGGCGUCCACCGACGCCGCCUGA